AUUUUUGGGGACAGCAGCUGCAGGCGUUCGUAACGCUCGGUCCCUGCGUGUUGGCGUUGGGGAAGCGGCAGGAGCAGGGUGCCGGCGCGGGAGCCGCGGGGAAGAGGCGUUGGAGCGAGGCUGAUGCUGCCCGCUGCCCUCCUGCCUUGAGCCAGCGAUGGAGGGGCUGGGGGGAGCCCCCAGGUUCCUGGCCUACCCGCGCGCCUUCACGGUGCAAAGCGGCGCCGACGCCGUCCUGAGGUGCCAGAUCACGGGCGAGCCCCGCCCGAGCAUCCUCUGGGAGAAGGACAAGACCCCGAUCGAGCCCUCGGGCCGCUUCCACGUGGAGGCCGAGGGGAACGUGUACAGCCUGCUGGUGUCCCGGGUCACCCCCCAGGACAGCGGCCUCUACGUCUGCAAGGCCAAGAACAGCGUUGGCGAGACCUACGCCGCGGCCACGCUCAAAGUGGAGGCAGGGGAGUCACAGCAGGAGGAGGAGGGGGAGGAAGGAUGCCCGGGCAGCCAGGCACCCACCUUCCUGGUCGGGCCCUCGUCCCUGCGGGUGUGCCGGGGGGAAGACGUGACCUUCUCCUGCCGGGUGUCCGGGCAGCCCUGCCCGCUGCUGGAGUGGGAGAAGGACGGGCACAAGCUCGGCGACCUCUUUGAGAGCAGCCACUUCGCGGUGGGGCAGGCGCCGGAGGACUGGCACUUCCUCAAGCUGUUCGGCGCCCGGCCCCCGGACGCGGGGGUCUACGUGUGCCGGGCACGCAGCGGCUCCCGGGAGGCCCUGGCUGCGGCCGUGCUCCUGGUGGAGCCGCGGGCGAUGGAUGCGACCCCUGACAGCUCCCCCUCCAACGGCCCCCAGCUGCUGGCCGAGCGGCAGCCGCGGCGGCACCGGCACGCAGGGACGGACACCUGGGCGCCGGUGCCCAACGGGGUGCCGGGGGCCAAGGCGUUCGCCGUGAGCGCGGGGAAGCACGCCAAGUUUCGCUGCUAUGUCACCGGCAAGCCCAAGCCGGAGAUCAUCUGGCAGAAGGACGGCAAGCCCCUGGCGCCGAGCCGCCGGCACCUCAUCUACGAGGACCGGGAGGGCUACUUCAUCCUGAAGGUGCUGUACUGCAAGCCCCAGGACCAGGGGCUGUACGUCUGCACCGCCUCCAACACGGCCGGGCAGACCCUCAGCGCCGUGCAGCUCCAGGUGAAGGAGCACCGGGUGCGCUUCCAGGUGCAGCUGGAGGACGUGGAGGUGGCGGAGCGGGAGGACGCGGUGCUGGAGUGCCACGUGCCGCUGGAGACCAUCCCCACCGCCUGGUUCCUGGAGGACCGGGAGCUGCAGCCCAGCCACAAGUACGUGAUGGAGGACCACGGCGUGGUGCGGCGCCUGACCAUCCGCGACGCCCGCACCGACGACGACGGCAUCUACCUCUGCCAGAUGAAGGACAAGGGGCGCAGCAUCGCAGAGGUCUCCGUCCGAGGGGUGAUUGUGAAGAGGCUGCCACGGAAGCUGGAUGUGAUGGAGGGGGAGAACGCGGCGUUCUGCGUGGAGACGCGGGAGGCUGUGGAGGGGAUCUGCUGGAGCCACAACGGGCUGCAGCUGCACGAGUCGCCCCGCAUCGUGCUGAAGAGCUUCGGCAGGACGCACCUCCUGGUGCUGGUGCACGUCACCCGCGAGGACGCCGGCGUCAUCUCCUUCGCCAUCGGGGAGUCGCAGACGUCCUCCCAGCUCCGCGUCAAGUGUGUGAAGCGCGACCCCCCCAGCGCGCCGGUGGCGGCCCAGAUGAGCACGGAGCAGAGCAACGCGGCCCUGCUGACGUGGUGCCCCGCGCCCGACGUGCACCACCGCCCGCCCAGCACCUACGUCCUGGAGCGCCGGGAGGCGGCGGGCGGCGAGUGGGUGCAGUGCCUCACCACCGAGCUGGCCGGCCGCGUGCAGGUGCUGGGCGACAGCGUGCCCCGCGAGGCCGACUACUGCUUCCGCGUCUGCGCCGUCAACAAGCACGGCCGCAGCGGCCCCGUGGAGUUCCCCGGAUCCGUGCAUCUCGCCCCCGCAGCUCGCCUGGAGAAGGGCUUGCAGGACGUGUGGGUGCGGGACGGCGAGGACGCGCGCUUCUCCCUGGAGCUGUCAGCCUCGGUGCAGGGCGCCUGGUUCCUGAACGGUGCGAGGCUGGCAGAGGAGGAGGGUGGCCGGUACGGCGUGCAGCACUGCAGGACGGAGCACUCGCUGCUGAUCCGGGGAGCAAAGCUGGCUGACAGCGGUGCCACGGUCACCUUCGUGGCCGGUGGCGUGCGGGACUCGGCCACGCUGCACGUGCAAGCCCCGCCGGCCCACAUCGCCCCGGUGCCCGAAGCCCAGCGGCUCCGGGAGCUGCCGUCGGGGCUGCCGGUGCUGCUGGAGUGCGAGGUGUCCCCGGAGGGAGCCCCCGUCCGCUGGCUGAAGGACGGCGAGGCCGUGCCCCCGGACGGCGUUAUCGCCAUGCAGGCGGAGGGCUGCGUGCGGAGGCUGCUCAUCCGCUCGGCCACCCCUGGGGACGCCGGUACCUACACCUGCGACACCGGGGACGACGCCGUGAGCUUCGUGGUGACCGUGACGGAGGCGCCGGUGAGGAUUGUCAGCUCCAACGAGGGUUUCCCCCACGCCUACACGGCCGGGCAGCGCGUGGAGCUGUGGUGCCAGCUGUCCCGCGCCGAGGCCCCGGUGUGCUGGUACAAGGACGGGGAGGAGGUGGAGGAGGGUGAGAGCCUGGUGCUGGAGCAUGAGGGGACACGGUGCCGGCUGGUGCUGCCCUGCGCCCGGCCGCAGGACGCAGGAGAGUUCGUCUGCGACGCGGGCGGCGACUCCGUCUUCUACACCAUCACCGUGGCAGAGGCGCCGGUGAGGAUUGUCAGCUCCAACGAGGGUUUCCCCCACGCCUACACGGCCGGGCAGCGCGUGGAGCUGUGGUGCCAGCUGUCCCGCGCCGAGGCCCCGGUGUGCUGGUACAAGGACGGGGAGGAGGUGGAGGAGGGCGAGAGCCUGGUGCUGGAGCAUGAGGGGACACGGUGCCGGCUGGUGCUGCCCUGCGCCCGGCCGCAGGACGCGGGAGAGUUCGUCUGCGACGCGGGCGGCGACUCCGUCUUCUACACCAUCACCGUGGCAGCCCCGCCGGCCCGCAUCGCCCCGGUGCCCGAAGCCCAGCGGCUCCAGGAGGUGCCGUCAGGGCUGCCGGUGCUGCUGGAGUGCAAGGUGUCCCCGGAGGGAGCCCCCGUCCGCUGGCUGAAGGACGGCGAGGCCGUGGAGCCCUCCGAGACCCUGGCCAUCCAGUCGGAGGGAUGCUUGCGGAGGUUGCACGUCCCCGCAGCCGCACUGUCGGACUCAGGGACGUACACCUGCGAUGCCGGGGACGCCGCCGCCAGCUUCAGGGUGACUGUGAUCGAGGCGCCGGUGAGGAUUGUCAGCUCCAACGAGGGUUUCCCCCACGCCUACACGGCCGGGCAGCGCGUGGAGCUGUGGUGCCAGCUGUCCCGCGCCGAGGCCCCGGUGUGCUGGUACAAGGACGGGGAGGAGGUGGAGGAGGGCGAGAGCCUGGUGCUGGAGCGCGAGGGGACACGGUGCCGGCUGGUGCUGCCCUGUGCCCGGCCGCAGGACGCGGGAGAGUUCGUCUGCGCUGCUGGGGACACUUCUGUCUCCUACCACAUCAUGGUGGCAGAGCCACGAGUCAGGAUCCUGCACCCCGCGCAGCGCUCGCUGGAGCUGCCGGUGCUGGCGCCGGGGCGCGUGGAGCUGCGCUGCGAGCUGUCCGUGCCCGCCGCCCCCGUGCGCUGGUUCAAGGACGGGCUGGAGGUGGACGAGUCCGACAACCUGCGGCUGCUGGCGGAGGGCGCCUGGCGCUGCCUCCUCAUCCCCAGGAGCAGCGCGGAGGACACGGGCGAGUACAUCUGCGAGAGUAAGGACGAGGCCGUCUCCUUCGACGUCAAGGUGUCAGAGCCCCCGGUGAUGAUCCUGCAGCCGCGGAGACCUCCCCCGGUUGUGAAGGCAUCCCCGGGGGACACGGUGACGCUGGCCUGCGAGCUGUCCCGCGCGGACGCGCCCGUGCGCUGGGCCAAGGAGGGCGUCAGGCUGGAGGCUGGGGGCAGCCUGGUGCUGGAGGAGGAGGGCGCCCACCGGCGCCUGCUCAUCCCCGCUGCUCGAGCCGAGCACUCUGGAAAAUACGUCUGCGAUGCUGGCGAUGACACGGUGACCUUCACUGUCCAAGUGUCUGACCCCCCCGUCAGGAUUCUGGAGAGGGACACGCUGCUGACCCGCCGGCGCUGCCGGGCCAUGGAGGACCUGGUGCUGGAGGUGCUCCUCUCGCACGCCCACGGGGAGGUGAAGUGGUACAAGGACGGGGAGAAGCUGCAGGACACGGGGCACGUGCGGCUGGAGGAGGACGGGGCGCGCCGCUCGCUCGUCGUCCUGGGUGCCACGGGCGGGGAUGCAGGGGAGUACCUCUGCGACACCCGAGACGACAGCAUCAUCUUCUGCGUCUCCGUGGAAGCCCCGGAGCCGCCGGUGACCAUCGUGGGGAACACGGGCACCACGGAGCACCGCUGCCUGGUGGCCGGGGAGGACCUGGUGCUGGCCUGCGAGCUGUCCCGGCCCGACGGCGCCGUGCGCUGGCUGCGGGAUGGCCGGGAGGUGCAGCUGGGGGAGCGGGUGCAGGCGGCGUCCCGCGGGGUGCUGCGGGAGCUCACGGUGCGGGCGGCACAGCCCGGGGACUCGGGGUGCUACGUCUGCGACGCUGCCAGCGACCGCAUGGUGACGAGCGUGGAGGUGGCAGCACAGCCCGUGCGCAUCGUGAACAAGGAGGAGGCGCAGAGCCCGCUGGAGGUGCUGGAGGGGGACAGCGUCACGCUGGUGGCCCGGCUGUCCCCGGAGACGGCGGCGGCGCAGUGGCAGAAGGACGGGCAGACGCUGCGCUCGGGCGGGCGGCUGCUGGUGUGCAGCGAGGGCCCCGCGCGCAGCCUCACCAUCAAGCAAGCGGAGCUGGGCGACGCUGGCGUCUUCCUCUGCGAUGCCGGCGAUGACGAGGUGAACUUCACGCUGCACGUCAAGGAGGCGCCCGUGCUGUUCGUGAACAAGCAGGAGGAGCGGGAGAAGCUGCUGGUGCUGGAGGGUGGCAGCGCCGUGCUCUCCGCCGUGGUGUCCAAGGAGCGAGCCGAUGUCACCUGGCUGGGUCCCCAGCAGCACGUGGUGGCCGGCGAGCGCUGCCAGCUGCGGCAGGACGGCCGCGUGCACAGCCUGGUCCUCUGCAACGUGGCCAAGGAGGACGCCGGCGUCUACACCUGCCUGUCCCCCCACGACCAGAUGCAGUUCGACGUCAGCGUCCGGGAGCUGCAGGUGAAGUUCCUGCGCGGCCUCUCGGACGUGCGCGCGCGGCAGGGCGAGACGGUGGUGCUGUGGUGCGAGCUGUGCAAGGCCAGGGGCGACGUGGUGUGGCUGAAGGACGGGCGGCCGCUGGAGCCCGGCGCCCGCCGGGAGGUCAGGGUGCAGGGGCGAGAGCGCUCGCUGGUGCUGAGCCGCGUGGGGCCUGAGGAUGCCGGCGAGUACUGCUGCGAGUCCAACGACGACAGGACGCUGGCCACGCUGACGGUGCAGGUGCCCAGGGUGGUGGAGAUCAUCGCGGAGCUGCACAGCCUGACGGUGCUGGAGGGGGACGACGCCACCUUCAAGUGCAUGGUGUCCCCCGAGGACGUGGCCGUGGCGUGGCAGCUGAACGGGCAGCCCGUGGUCCCCGGCGAGCGGCUGCUGGUGGCCAGGAGCGGGCUGUGCCACAGCCUCACCGUCCGGCGGUGCCAGCCGGCCGACGCGGCCACCGUGACGGCCAACGCCGAGGGGCUGCUGAGCACGGCCCGGCUGAGCGUGCAAGAGGCGCAGGUGCUGUUCGUGCGGAAGCUGCGGGACGUGGUGGCGGAGGAGGAGCAGGACGCGUGCCUGGAGGUGGAGGUGAGCCACGAGGCGGCCGAGGUGCAGUGGCUGAAGCAGGGCGUCCUCCUCCAGCCCAGCGGCAAGCACCAGCUGCAGGAGUCGGGGCGCCGGCGCACCCUCACCAUCCGCAGCGUCAGCCCCUCCGACCGCGGCACCUACCGCUGCGAGAGCCUGCACGACCGCACGCAGGCCAGGCUCAGCGUGGAGCCCCAGAAGGUGUCGAUCCGGAGGCCGCUGGCAGACGUGGAGACCUUCGAGAAGGAGACAGCCACCUUCCUCCUGGAGCUGUCCCACGCCGGCGUGCCCGGGGUGUGGGCACGGGGCGGCGUGCGGGUGAAGCCCAGCGGCACGUGCCGGAUCAGCGCCACGGGCUGCACGCACAGCCUGACGCUGGAGGGGCUCACGCUGCAGGACUCGGGCACCAUCACCUUCACCACCGACACCCUGCGCAGCAGCGCCCGCCUGCUCGUGCGGGAGCCUCCCAUCACCAUGCUGAAGCUCCCGCGGGAUCUGGGGGUCCCAGAGUCGGGGGUCGCCACCUUCGAGUGUGAACUCUCCCGCCCCACCGCCGAGGUGAAGUGGCUCAAGGACGGGAGGGAGCUGCGGCCGGGGCCCCACUGCCGCAUCUACUCGGUGGGUCGGCGCCGCCUCCUGCAGCUCGGCCGCUGCGAGCUGCCCGACGCCGGGGUCUACACCUGUGAUGCAGGCGACUGCCAGGCCUCCGCCAUGCUGCACGUCCACGAGCACCGUGUCCACGUGCUGCAGGAGCUGCAGGACGCCCGCGUGCGGGAGGGUGACAACGCCGUCUUCACGUGCGAGGUGUCCCACGGGGACGUGGCGGGCGAGUGGUUCCGCGGCGGGGAGAAGAUCAAGGUGUCCAGCACGGUGAAGAUACGGCAAGAAGGGACCCGGCACUUCUUGCUGCUCUGCGCCGUGCGCCCCGAGGACGCGGGACGCAUCCGUUUUGCGGCCAGGACGGCCGCCUCCGAGGCCAGCCUGCAGGUGGAAGCGCUGCCCAUCAGGAUCGUGAAGCCGCUGCGGGACAAGACGGUGCUGGCGCGGCACAAGGCGACGCUGGAGUGCACGGUGUCGCACGCCCGCGGCCGCGUGCGCUGGCUGCGUGGGGACACCGAGAUCUUCGCCGGGGACAAGUACGAGAUCUGCAACCUGGACUGCUACCGCACGCUCAUCAUCCACCGCGUGGGCCCCGAGGAUGAGGACUCGUACACCUGCGACGCCUUCGAUGACCGCUCCACCGCGCGGCUCCUCGUGGAGGGGAGCUAGGCGCCGGGACGCAGCACUGGGGGCUGCGUGCAGAUGGACGGACAGACGGCCGUGCUGGGAGACGGGGUCGCCUUUCCCCCGGGACGCACAGACAGACACAGGGAGACCAUCUCCGUCCUGCUCCGGCCUCACGGCUCUGCAUUAAACAGCCUUUUUUUUUUU